AUGGGUGGUAGCGACUACAAGGAUGAUGGGACAAACAUCCUCCUCGAUGCCAACGAGAACGCGUAUGGUCCUUCGCUGAGCUCAGAGGUUGCCGACAAGACUGCCAAUGGCGUCGAUGUCGAUCUGCUGGGCCUGCACCGCUAUCCCGAUCCUCACCAGGAGCCGUUGAAGCAGCUGCUUUGCGACUUGCGCAACACUCAUGCUCACACGAGCAAGACGCUCAAGCCAGAGAAUCUCUUUGUUGGUGUUGGAAGCGACGAGGCCAUUGAUGCUCUGCUGCGUUGCUUCUGCAUCCCUGGGAAGGAUCGCAUUCUUACAUGCCCACCUACAUACGGCAUGUACUCUGUGUCUGCCCAGGUCAACGACGUCGCACUGGUUAAGAUUCCUCUCCUGGAGGCUCCCUCUUUCAGCAUCGAUGUGCCAGCUGUUCUCGACGCCUUGACAAACGAGCCCAACAUCAAGCUCGUCUACCUUUGCUCACCGGGUAACCCUACUGGUUCACUUCUCGCCAAGUCCGAUGUUCAGCAGAUCCUCGACCACCCUACAUGGAAUGGUGUCGUUGUUCUCGACGAGGCUUACAUCGACUUCGCUCCCGAUAACGCUUCUCUCGCGGAGUGGGUGGCCGAGUUCCCCAACUUGGUAGUCAUGCAGACUCUCUCCAAGGCCUUCGGUAUGGCUGGUAUUCGUCUCGGUGCUGCGUUCACCUCGCCUCCCAUCGCUCGACUCCUCAACAGCCUCAAAGCCCCUUACAACAUCUCAAGCCCCACGAGCGCUCUUGCAUCAUACGCCAUCUCCGAAAAGGGCCUUGCCAUUAUGCGCGACCACCGAGCCCGCCUACUAGAGCAGCGCGAUCGACUUAUUCAGGAGUUGCCCAAGAUUCCCGGCGUUGGUCGUCUGCGUGGUGGUACUGAAAGUAACUUUAUGCUUUACGAAAUGCUUAACUCGGCAGGUGAGCCGGACAACAGCGUUGCGUUGGCCGUGUAUGAGAAACUUGCCGAGGGCAAGGGUGUGGUUGUACGAUUCAGAGGUAAAGAGCACGGAUGUCUAGGAUGUCUGCGUAUCACGGUCGGCACAGAUGCCGAAGUGACAAGAUUCCUCGACUCCUUGAAGACAACGUUGGCUGAAGUAAGAGGAUCCUAA